UUAAAAUGUCUAUUAUGAAAAUAAAUGAUUAGAUUUCAGAGUGGAUCAUUUUCAAACUGGAUCUGCCCAACAGGGAUGGCACCAAGUCCAACUUGGUUUCGUCCGUCAUUAAAGGCGCAGGCAGGUGUGUGCAAGGUACGAUAAACUGUAGAUAAUUUUAAAAUGAUUGCGUGUCUAUUGAUGCACUGAUAAUUGCAGAUUUUAUAAUCGAAUAAAAAAUAAGCGCCAAAUUUGUUUCAGUUUCAGUCUAUAUUUAGUUUCAGUUUGUCAGUACCCUUAUCAAAGUUGGUGAUCAUGCGGAGUAUAAAAAUCUGAUAACUAAUUUCAGUUGACUAAUACAAUCUAGGGGGUGGUAGGGUGGGAUGUUGGUGCAUAGAGCUGAAAAAAUUUAAAAAUUAAAACACAAAAGGAAUAAGGUAAGUUUUAAACACUAUUUCAAUAUGCAAUCAUACCGUCUUAUAAUAAUAAUAAUGUAUCAAUAACGAAAUAGGAGUCAUUAAAAUUCCUGGUUAAUGGAAAGUCAUAAAUUGUAGUUUGGUCAAAAAAAAUCUUACAAAUGUACAUGUUAUGACGUGAUCUGAAGUUAUGUUCAUUAAAAAUAGUUCGGCUAUAAUCUGAUCGACACUUUCGGUUUCAAUAUUAGAUAACCGAAUGACAAAUUAUUCUUACACAUAUUACAUAAAUAUCUAUUAUCUAGUCUAUAACUCUCAGUUUUUUUGUUUAUUUUAUACUUACAUUAAAUUGUACAGUCUCCUUUUUUUUAUAGUUACAAACUGUGAAUCGCAAAAAAUAUAUUUUUUAUUAUUAACCCAAUGUUUGAAUUGAAGAGGUUGUCCUGAACUAUUAAAAUUUCAAUCAGAUCAAAGAAAACACAAAUCUGCCUGAUUCAUUAAAAGACAAUAAGUUUUCAGUAUUAUAAAUUAAUAUAAACAUAGCUUUCCCAAUAAAUAUUUAUUUACUAAUGUUACUACAAAGGGCAUAUGACUUCCACGCCAAGAAUUUAAAAACCGCCCCUAUUAAGCUUGGGAAGACUAUUUUGAAAAAAUAAUAAUAAUAAUAAAGAUUUGACCACAUGGGCCUAGUUGUAAUACUAGCAAACAAGAAGGGCAGUUAGUAGAUGUGUGUGCAGCAUUUCAGCUGACAAAACACAGUCAAACUAAACUUAUAGCAACAUUUUUUUUAACUAAAAAGAAAAUAAUGUUUUUUAUGUGUAAGUAUAAGCAUUGUUUCUCCGUCACGGCAUUUUAGAACCCCUUUCAAAUGGUGCACACAACUCGUGCUGUAUCUUGUCAACGGUCCUAAACCAAACAAUUGUUCAUCACUAUGGCAUCACUUAAGAAACUAAUGUAUCAAUCUGAACAUUCCAUAAAGAAAUUGUCCUUGAAUACUUUAUCUUCUUUAACAUUAUUUUUCAUAACCAGUACGCUCGUUCUCCAGCAUCAAGAAACUUACUUAAAACGGUAUCUCACCAGUAAACGAUCUCUGUAAUUAAAAAUAAGGAUUUAGCUUAAUUUAGCCAAAAUAGUGUUUUUAUCCGUCUCGAAGAUGAAAACAAUCAUUAAUUUUACAUUCGUUCAUAUGAAAGAUAGCAACAAAAUUUUAUGUUCGAAAUCUAUAGAUUGACGAAUUUGUUUUUUACGGCACUGCUCUGAGUCAGGGGUAUGCAAAUUCUUUUUAGUUAAGUCCGGAUAAUGAAAUUUGGACCAUAAUUGCGGGUGGGCUGUGGGGGUGGCCUAAAACUUAAUUAAAGCCGGCAAUGCCGGCAUUAUUAGUCCCACUUAAAGUAACUAGUCUAUUCUUUCAGGGUACUUUUCCUUUUAAUAAAAAAAAAGGUCUAAAUUUUGUCUAUUAUUUUUCAGAUGUCUUUAGCCUCACGUAAGCUCGAUCCAUUUCUGAUACAAGCAAUUCCAAAAUUCAAGGCUUACGUCAAGCUAAUUGAGAGCAUCACAAGUAAAACAUUACUAAUUCAACAAGUCAUACAAUUGCGAGUUAUUGCUGUUACGAUAGUAGUCUAUGUAUCUAAAACUGAAAUGCCCAGUGGACAGGUUCCGCUAGUUUCUGCGAAGCAAGAAAGACAAGCAAGGUUCAAAUUAGAAACUCAGAAGGAGGCUCUGACGCUGUGUGAGUGUGUAGCUGUGUUUAACAAGAAACUUCGGGAUGUGGUCACCAAGGAGCUGGAACUCGAAAAGACACUCAGAGUAAGUGCCUUGAAAUAGAUCAAGAUGUUGCAAUUAAAAGGUAUCAAAAGUCGUUAUACUAAGUUAAAGAGAAAGUGACGAUGUCAUAAGAAAAUAAUUGAGAAAUAGUUUUCCCGUACGAAUUUUCCGAAUUUUGUAACUAGGAAUUACGCAAAUCGAAUAAAAACGUAAAAUUUAAAGGAAAUUACGAAAACACUAUGUAGGCGUAAAAUUUAAGUAAAGAAAACAUAAAUCUUUUUCUUUCUUUUUUUGGUCGUCACCCAGUAUGUAAACACAAUAAGGGCUCGUUCAUAAAGAGAACAACAUCUGACAGGGAGUGAUGUACAGCGACUUCCACAAGCUAACCCUUUAGGUUAAAUGUUGCUUUAGGCCCAAUGCGUGCAUUCUAGUAUGUUAACAUUUUAAAAAUGCGGACGUCUUUUAUGGUUGAAAAAUGUUAGAAAUUGUGAAAAAAAUAAUUUAAAUCGCCAUCGCCUGGACGUCGUUGAAAACCCUCUAUAUUUUUAGUUGCCAUUGCUCAAUAAUUGUAAACGAUGCGAGUUUAGGAUGGAAAAAUAUUCUCCAAUUCUCAGGUCUGGUUGACUUGAAUUAUAUCUGAAGACUUUUUUGUAAAAACUAGUGACUGGUUUUCUCUUUGUAAUCGUUAUUAUAAUUCCUGGUAUUUCACACUGUAAUCCGCUAUAUGCGUACGUCCACAACGUGAUUUUUUAAAAUAUAUUUAUUUAUGUAUUUAAUUAUGGGGGGGGGGGGGGGGGGGGGGGGGGGUAAGCUAGAUGCGGACAACGGGAGAUGCAAUUCUUUUUACGGACAUCCAUUAUGAACUACCCAUUAAGUUAAACAGUUCAAUAUAUAUAUAUAUAUGUAUAUACAUACACUUUUAUUGUAUUCAAAAUUUUUUUUGUUUCAGAGCUGUCACAAAAGAGAAUACAUUUAUUUGUGUGGUGUGUUUUCGUUGCUUUUUAAAAAAAAAUAAAGUGACAUUUACAUUAUGGAAUAUUAUUUUACUAAUUUUCUAUUAUUGCUACUGCUUUAGGAAAAAGGAAGUUCUCUGGACAGAAAGAUCAAGAAACUAACUGAGUUACACUCCAGUGUAAAUGAGUUCACAGUCUUGGUCGACAAAAUUUUGGCUUACUAUACUGGAAGACCAAUGGGCCUUCAAGUGGAUGGAUUGCCAUCUGUUGAUGAAUUAAACAAUGCAAAAAAUAAAUUAAUUGCUCUAAAGAAAAGUUUAAAACAUGAAGAACUGUAUGGUCUGUUUUCACGAUAUGAUUCAGAUUUUAUAACAAAUCAAACUAGCAUCCUUCUUGCUACCGUUGGCAUAAAUGAUGAAAGUUAUGGGUCUUUUCUAUUUAGUAUGGAUGAAAACAUGAAAAUGCACCAGACAGAACUUUAUUAUCUUGAAAAGAUUUUAACAGAGCGUGCUAAUGUACUUGGUGCUGCAGAAGAAACUACACGGAGCCAAGGCAAAGAAGCCUUACAGAAGAACUUGCAGAAGCUUGGCUUCACCGCAGAGAGCUCAAAAACGAUUGCUACCAGCAUCCCAGAUGAAUUGGUUGAUUUACAAUCAUCACUGUUCUGGGCUUUGAGAUUUUUACGGCACGCAUUUCAACAUCACCCUCUAUUAACAGAACAUUCCAGAUAUAUCUAUCAAACUGAAAAAACGGAUCACUGGUUCACGGAAGAAAUCAGAGACCAAGGUGGACUAGAUGAAGAAGAUGGCGACGGAGAUCACCAUCCAGCGUUUCCAGUUAAGAUGAUAAAUAUAGCAACGAAUUCAGGAAGAGAUGAGGUGGUCGCGUUUCUGAGAGAACGAGAAAAAACAACAGAUUGUCACAUUUUCUACCAUGGCACAACUCAUGAAAGUGCAAAGUCCAUUAUUGAAGAUGGAAUCACUUUGACUAAAGGAAGAGAUUGCCAAGAUUUUUCGAGUGGAGAUGGAUUCUACGUGUCGGAAAAGUUUGAGAAUGCCAAGGAAUGGAGCCGAGCAUCUCGAGGUGAAAAUCAAGCAGUCAUUGUUUACACUUUUCAAAGUCAACAGUGGGAUGAGGCAUAUGGCCGUGAUUUGACGUCAUCUAAACAAGAAUGGGAAGACAUAGUCCGUCUUUGUCGUGAUGGUUAUAAAAAUAAAGCCAUCAAAAAAAGGCUUUUGGGAAAUCUCGAUUACAUACGUGGUCCCUUGUGCAGAAAUCCCAAGAUGAUCAAAAACACAAAACCACAAGGUUUCGGUAGGAAUGAUGAUAUUCAGGUGUGUAUUCGAGGGGAAGAUUUCGCUGAAAAAUUUGGGGCUCUGUCCAAUAUUCUAUGUGUCAUUUUCUUAUAAAAAAAAUUAAGAAAAUGUAAAUUUUUAAAAGCAAAUUGUUUAAUUUAAAUUUCAUUGCAGUUGUAAGUUAGGCAGUGUAAUGUUUUUCUUUAAAAGGCUCGACAUAAAGUAAAUUACCCUUUCAAUUUCAAGUUUGAAAUUGGCCUCUUUACUUUUAUGCAAAUUUACUAAUGAAGCACAAGGGACGUCUGACUUGAUUUAGUUCAAUAGAAAACAAACAUGGUGGGACUAAAACCAUAAGCAUGCAAGAAAUCAACAGAAUUAUAAAAACGUCGGUCUGGGGUCUGUCAAAAAGUUUUUUGAACAAAUCUCCAUAGUAAAAUUAUUUGUGUAACUUAAAUUAUCUAAAUUAAUUGUAUUCAAUCAUUUUCAUUAUUCACAUUUCUGCUUUGAACAUUUUUUUAAUCAAAGCUUCUCAAAGGGUGUACCGUACUCCUAAAAUAUCAAUUUUGUACAAUGUGUUUUUUAUUAUGCAGUCUCACCACCGAAAGAAUCGAAACAAUGCGAAGCAGCAGCUAUUGUUACAUUCACACUUGAUAAUUUGAAAAUUUAAAUAGCAAUUACAAAUCCUUCAUGAUGUUAAAUUUCCGUCACAUCAGGGUACUGCCGUAGUUGGAGGAGGUCCGCCCCACGGGCAACACAUUUUGGGAGCGCCUUUUAACGGUCGACUGAAUUUACGGAUUUACGCCAUUUUGGGUGUAUGUUUAACAGUGUGUAUUAUGUACGUUCUGUUAUGUAUCGUGAGUGAGGGGCGAGCGAGUCAAAGAAUGCCACGAGCAUCAGAAACUUAAGCUGCCCCACUGCAUCAGGGCAUGCAUGAGAGGAUAACUGCUGAAAAUUUGAUGGUUGGAAACAUUCGUCUUUUUACUUCUGACAUUAUUAAAUUACAAAUGUAUUAUGUAAAAAAACUAACAGUUGUCAUAUAAUUAAACUUCCAAUUAUUAUUAUUAUUUUAUUGUAUUAAACACAAAUAAAUUUAAACACAAGACAGCUAAUGCUAAAUUUAGAUAAAUUUUAUUUUAUAAAUGUAUAUGCCAUCGUUCAUAGGUUGAGUUACAUCGAGCAAAUGUUGAAAUUAAAAAUAGAUGUACGAAAUUUAAAUUAACCAACAAAAUACACAUUUAAUCAAUUGGACGCAUUUUAUUAAAGUUAAAGUCAUUCUAAAUAUAUUAAAUAUAAUUUUAGAAACAUAUUUUAAAAAUCCAGACUGUAUCUUACCGAACAGUUUGUGUAUUGUAUUAUUUGUAUAGAUAGUCCUGGAACUCUAAAAUUUAUGGAACAAGAAUGAACUUUUGUCACUUAAAAUAAAAUAAAAAUUAAAUAAAAUCCAGUCUCAGCUUCUGUCCAAAAGUGAAUUUGGAGAAGAUAUCCAUUCUACACGCAACUGAAAUCUGAAGUGCACGAUCAAUGUGUAGGUCAGUUUUAGUCUAAUGGUAAAAACUUUACUCACAAACAGAGCCGUCACGUGACGUUUGGGGGCAACACUAUAUUUUUGUGCCCCUUCAAUCAAAGCUGAGAGUUGAAAUUUUGUUCACAUGAUAACCAUUGACCCCCUUAUUACAAGGUUCCCUGAAGUCGCAGGGACCACACGACGGCGUGGCUCACGAAUGUUUUCCCCCUCAUUCUUGUCAGAUGAUUUUACUGUGUUUAUUUGUGUUCCGUGUAUUUAAGUUGUAGUUAUUUUAUACUGCUUUAAAGGGAAGAAACGAAUCAACUGCUUUCAAGGAUAUUUAUUAGAUAUUAAUGGUGAUAAUUGUCAAAUUUGACAUGGCUUACUUUUUUAAAAUGACAAUGAAAAUUGGCUCUCGGAGUUGUGUUUAUAAAGUCAUUCAAAGUCAAGCUCAUAUUUCACGUCUGUGAUACAUUUUUUUACCAUUAUUCUUUCCAUUCUCAUUGUUAAUUUUCUUACUUGCAAUGAAAUAUUAUUUUAAAGAACACAAUUGAACUGAUUCCACAUUAUUGCAUAAAAUAUUAUACACCACGAAUACCUGUAUAUUGUUUAUCUCAAAUGUAUUAUUUACAUUACAUAAUGUUCUAUAAAAAAAUGACUUCAACUUCAAGAUUUCACAAUCCUCUUUAAUAAACUUUAAUUAACUUU